GGUGGUAUUAGUAAAUAAAACCUACCUUCCCUAACGAAAUUCUCCCUCUCUCGUUUCGUAUAUCUCUUCCUUAUUCGAGAUGAACGGCGGCCUGUCCAUGGAGAUAGACGGCGGGGGUGAGGCCUCCUUAGUUCAGCCCGUGUCAUUGUCGCUUAUUAAACGGUUGGCUUCAUGUGACAAGUCCGCCAGGGAUCGAGCUCUGAAGAAGGUUCUCAGAGCCUGGCUGCCUUCGCAGCAACCCGAACAUGUCUCCGAUGACGAAUUGAAGAAGCUUUGGAAGGGCCUCUUUUACUGCGUUUGGCACGCCGAUAAAGCUCCCGUUCAGCUCGAGCUUAUCAACCGUCUCUCCGCUCUCAUUGUAUCUCUCCCUCUUGAUUUGUCUCUGCGAUACUUCUCUAUGUUUCUCAUAACCCUGCGUAGAGAAUGGACUGGCAUUGAUCAUCUCAGGUUAGACAAAUUUUACCUACUCAUUCGCCGCUUCGUAAACGCUUGCUUUCGUAUGCUUAAAGGGAACUCCUGGGAUUUGGAGAUCUCCCGUCGAUUCAUGUCUGUGCUUGAACAGGAUACAUUCUCUUCUGAAGAAUACCUUCUAGGAAGUGGUGUUAAUUACCACAUUGCAUCGGUUUUCCUUGAUGAACUUAAGCAAUACCUUCCUCUUAGAAUCGAAACCCUUGAUGUCAUCUAUAAGCCAUUCAUUGUAGCCAUGACUAAGAGCCAUGAUAAGUUGCUGGUUACUAAAAUUGCUUCCAACAUGUUUAAUGUUUUAUUGAAAUACGGCACAACUCUAUUAGAGUGUAAGAGAUUGGGAGGCGAAACAUCAUCAGAUGCUAGGGAUGAUGUUUCCCUUCAUGGAACAGUAGCUCUUAAGUUAAAUUUUUCAGCCAAGUUUUAUGAUUCUGGUUCAUCCCCUGAUUGUUUUCAAGGAAACAGAAAGGUAUUGUUUGGUUUGCACCAGGGUUUCAUGGAGCUGGAGAAGGAUUUGACAUCUUUCGGUAUUGAAAUUCCAAAUCCUGAUGUUCUUGUGGAUGAAGAAGAUUCCAUUCCCAAACUCAUUCCUAUUUUGUCAGCUGAAGAAGCAAAUGAAAAGCUUCAAAUUGUUGCCACCACUGAACAUUUGAACAAGAAAAGGAAAUCCAAGAAAGCUUUGGCCAAUACUGACAACAAAAGAGCAGAGGAUGGAGGUGAGAAAAAGAAAAGAAAGAAGAAUAAGAAGAAAAAUAGUGAAAUUUCUGUGACUGAAGAAGAUCAUGGUGAUACGAGUCUCGUGGCUACUAGUGGCGAUAGUUUCAUUAACACAACUUCAAACGAUUCUUUCACUUCAAACCUUCAAAUUCAGUUUGAGGAGGCUGCUGAUGUUGAACUAGACAAGAAUGGUAAUUCACAGGAAGCUCUUAAGGUAAAGGCCCCUGGACCUAAUAAGCGAAAGAAAAGAAAAAACAAGGAUUUGCAGGAUUCUAAUUUGAAGGAAGACAUUGUUGAUGAUAUUAUGAAGAGUGGGGAGAAGAGUGCGAAAAAAGUGAGCUUUUCUAUGAAGAAUAACUUGGUGUGGAAACCUCAUUGUCCAUUACCUCCUCAAGAUUUAAGAAUACCACCAUCCCUUAUUCCGAGGGGUAGUGCCCUUAAAAAAGGAGUAUCUCCUGGUCCUGUAGUGGGAAAACGUAAAGUAAACCAGGCGAAGAAGAGAAUCAAAACCAACCCUGUUGCAACCAAUUGGUUUAGGUGAUUAUGAAUCCUUUUUGAUCCAACAACUUACUUGAGAAUUUCCCAUUGCUGUUUUGGUUUAUCUUGAAUUUUUCAUGAGUACUCAUCCUUCUUGAUCUUAGGUUAUGAAUUCGUAAUCCUGAAUCUCUUUUUGUUUCUAUUGUUGUGAACUGUUUAAUUUAAUUGAUAGUUUGAGACGAUAUUUUGUUUGUGCUGAGUAAUGAGCAUGGUUGUUUUUACUUAUAGGA